AUGGCACAGUCCAAGCUCUCGCAAGAUCAACUUGCUGAGCUUCAAAAGUCGACCCAUUUUGAUAAGAAGGAACUCCAGCAAUGGUAUAAAGGUUUCUUGAAGGACUGCCCAUCGGGAAUGCUCAGCAAAGAAGAGUUUCAAAAGAUUUACCGCCAAUUCUUCCCUUUUGGCGAUCCAAGUGCAUUUGCCGAAUAUGUCUUCAAUGUAUUUGACAGCGAUCGCUCUGGGAGCAUCGACUUCAAGGAAUUUAUUUGCGCGUUGAGUGUAACCAGUCGUGGCAAGACAGAGGAUAAGCUCGACUGGGCGUUCCAGCUGUACGACAUUGACGGUGAUGGCAAAAUCAGUUAUGAUGAGAUGCUUCAGAUUGUCGAGGCUAUCUACAAGAUGGUCGGUUCCAUGGUCAAAUUGCCAGAGGAUGAAGACACCCCAGAAAAGCGAGUCAAAAAGAUUUUUGCCAUGAUGGACAAGGAUGAAAAUGGCAGCCUGGACGCUGAGGAAUUCAAGGAGGGAAGUAAGCGCGACGAAACCAUCGUUUGUGCUUUGUCCUUGUACGAUGGCUUAGUGUAA